CUUUCCCACCUAGCAUACACAAAUCCUUAACAUGUCAUCUGAUAACAGAAAGGUCUUGGUGGUUUUUGGAGCCACCGGAGCCCAAGGUGGCUCAGUCUUGAGAGCCAUUCUCAGCGACCCUGAUACCUCUCGGCAGUUCAAGGUGAGAGCUAUCACCAGGGACCCUUCCAAGCCAGCUGCGUUGGCCCUCGCUCAACAGGGUGCAGAGGUUGUCAAGGCAAGCCUCAACGAAAAGGAAGAAGUCUAUGCCGCACUUCAGGGCGCCUAUGCGGUCUACCUAGUCACCAACAUGGAAGGCUUUGAUUUUGCUGCAGAGACAAGGCAGGGGAAGCUUGUGGCUGAUGUUGCAAAGGAGCUGGACAUUAAGCACCUGAUCUGGUCAAGUCUGCCGCAUAUUUCGCAGAUUACCGACAGUAAACUCACCGGCGCAGUUCACUGGGAUGGCAAAGCCGUUGUUAACGACCACAUUCGGUCUCUAGCGAUCCCUCACACAAUCAUCAACAUUGGAGCUUAUGCGCCCUUCAUUAUAGACUUCUUCCUCGCUCCUCUAUCCACUGAACCCCCAACUUUCAGCCUGUGCUUGCCGGAGCCUGCCAACAUCAACACCGUGCUGCCUGUGGUUGACGCAGCAGCCGAUGUCGGCAAGUUCGUGAAGGGUAUUCUGCUUCGCCCGAAAGAGACAAUUGGCAAACAGUUGGAUGUCGCGGAAAGAUACUACACCGUCAGAGAGAUAGUGGAGACCUUGAACAACCUGGGCAGGUCUGUAGUCUUCCAGACCCUGCCCAAGGAGACGUUCAAGGCUGCACUUGCCUCAAGGGGACUACCUGAGUUCUUUCAGGAAGACCUGUGCCAGGUCUUCCAGUACAUUGAGGAGUAUGGCUACUUCCAUAACAACACACUUGAGGAGGCUCGCGAGAUUGCAAGCGAACCACUGAUCUCGUUGGAGGAAGCAUUUAGACGCCAUCUCGAGCCUGUCAAGUUGGGAGUCAAAUAAACAGCUUGGGAGUCUUGCAUUGGAGUGUAAAAAUGCUCAGUACCGUGAAUGGGUGAGUACAGUAUUGACUGGAUGGUAUUUGUGGAAUUCAUUUGU